AGUUUCCUAGUUUAUGAGGUUCUUCUAAAGUGUUACAUAGUUCUCAAUAUGGCCUAAAAAUAAAAGGGUCUUCACUUACCAAAAUGCCGAUGUGGGAUAUGGAAACACUUUAAUAUCUUGAAAACCACUGUCCACAACUAAUUUCUUCCUGUUUUUCCUAGUUCUAACAUUUUCCAAUAAAGAAAAAAAAAAGAGAGGUGAUAACCAUGUAAAGAGGUUGUAGGCAAGAGAACUCUGAAGCCAAAACAAAAUGGAGGAAGCGAAAGUGAAAACAAAACUUAUGCCUAAUAUAAAAAAAUGAAAAAGAAGUUUCUCUAGACAGCAGAGGUAUGGUAUAUUAGGCAUACAAGGAAUAGUGAUGAGUUCCCAAGGAAUUGUUAUUGGGAAGGUUUGUGAAAAGUGGCGAGUUCCAUAUUGUUAUUUUGAAGAUUUGCAUCAAAGUUAUCAGUUUGACUUUGCCUUCUGUUGAUACCCUGUAUUAGCUGAACUGGCAAUGAUAUCUGAUAUGCCAUACCUCUACUGAUUGUUGUUCUGUAAUUGGCUUUUCUGAAGUACUUGAUGCUUCAGAAGCAGUUUGUUUUUUCUUUAUUUCACGAGCAUGCUAGUGGCAUAUAUAAGAUUAUCAUUGUGCAAUAUAGCUUACCCUGGAGGUCCUUGUCUCUCUGAAGGUGUCUCUUUCGCAAUCUUCUAUACUCUCUUGUACGGGGAUGGCACCCGCUUGAUGUGUUGUUUAUAAUAUUAUAUUUUUCUUAAAAAAAGUGGUGGUCUUGUGAUUCUUUAUGAAGAUUACAUUAUUAGUUUGCAGAUUCUGUGCAUUAUUUGUUUGCAAAUUUGGAACACGUAACGGAUAGCUUAUAACUGACUUCUUUACUUGGCAGGAACAUUUGUUAAUAGUAUGUGAACUUCUGAAGGCAAAUUUGUAUGAGUUUCAUAGAUUCAAUAGAGAAUCAGGGGGAGAGGUUUAUUUCACAAUGCCAAGAUUGCAGUCAAUCACUAUCCAUUGCUUGGAGGCACUCCAAUUUUUGCAUGGCCUUGGCCUCAUACAUUGUGAUCUCAAACCUGAAAAUAUAUUAGUCAAAAGCUAUAGCAGAUGUGAAGUCAAGGUCAUUGAUCUGGGGAGUAUCUGUUUUGAGACAGAUCAUCUGUGCUCCUAUGUGCAAUCCACGUCCUACCGUGCCCCAAAGGUUAUUGUGGGACUUCCAUAUGAUAAGAAGAUAGACGUUUGGUCACUGGGCUGUAUCUUAGCAGAGCUCUGUACUGGGAAUGUUCUGUUUCAAAAUGAUUCGCCUGCAACAUUGCUUGCAAGGGUUAUUGGGAUUAUAGGUCCCAUUGAUCAAGGAAUGCUUGCCAAAGGUCGGGAUACAUACAAAUACUUCACCAAAAAUCAUAUGCUUUAUGAACGGAAUCAGGAAACUAACAGACUGGAAUAUCUAAUACCCAAAAAGACUUCCCUGAGGCACCGAUUGCCAAUGGGAGAUCAGGGCUUCAUUGAUUUUGUUGCUCAUUUGCUUGAAGUCAAUCCAAAGAAGCGUCCCUCUGCAUCCGAGGCUCUGAAGCACCCUUGGCUGUCGUAUCCAUAUGAACCGAUAUCAGCUUGAUCUGGAACAGGUGGUUGGUCUGGUAUUGGAUUGAAGUUUGGGAUCCUAAUGAGGGAAGGAGCCGCACAUGAUUACUGACUGAGAUUUGUUAUCUAUUUAAGGUUGGAUUUGAAGCUGGUUUGCUCCAUAAGCCUGCAGAAUGCAUUGAAAGGUAUGUGCGAUUUCUGCUGGUAUAUCUGUCUUUCUGUCCCCUUACUAAGUUGUAUUUCAUUUAAUUAUUAUGAUCAAGAAUGUAAUUUUGCACGCAGUGUUGUUAGGAUUGUCCUUCGUCGCUGUGUUUAAUGCGGUGAAAAAGGAAUCUGAAAUCCUGUUGUACAUGAUGUGUUAUUCAUUUAGGUAUUUAGUAAUAGCUUGUGAAAUAGCUCCCUAUCCAAUUUUGAUUGGCUUGUGACACGCAAUUGUUGCGGUGUAUCAAGUUUGGUGCAAGCCUAAUGUUCAGGUUAUUUUCUUCA